UUUGGUUUCCCGGUUUUAGCAGCUGAACGAGACACCGGACAACGCAAAAAGCAAAAGCAUUAAAGGGGUCAUUUUUCAUUUCCAAUAUUUCAUUCCGUUUUCCUGAUACAUGGAGAUAACCAACCUGUGCCAUUCACAUAAAGUACAUGCCCAUUCCUCACUUCCCCCAUAUCUCUUCACCAUUCCUCUGUUUUGAGGAAAACAGAAAACAGGUACAACAAGAAGAGAAGGCAACAAAACCGCAACCAUUCCAAAUAUCUCGGUCAUCACUUGGCAUAGAAAGCAGUUCACUUUACAAGUCCAGUGCGAUUCUCUGCUUGCCCACAAUACAAGCCUAUUCUCAAUUCUUCAUCAUUCAUUGGCUGGGAAAGUAAUUUUUAUUUUGUUUUUUUUUUAUUUCAAAGAAAAACCCAGGUUUGCUUUACAUGAAAAUGAAACGGCUACGAUAUGCUACCUCAGUAAUCCAAUUUGCUUUUGCUCCCCUCCCCGGGCAACCAAUCUGUUCACAUGUUCGUUUACCAGGGUAAAUGGAGAUCGAUAAAGCAAUCAGGGAGUGUGACGAUGGAAGGCUUCGCACCAAAUACAAUAACUCUAUCUACGUUAUUCAGAGAGCUUUUUCUUUGUACUCAAUAGAGGAGAUCGCCUUUAGCUUCAAUGGUGGCAAGGAUUCAACAGUUUUGUUGCACCUACUCAGAGCUAGCUAUUUCUUGCAUAAAGGGGGACAAAAUAGUCCUAAUGGAAGUCUAAAAGGUUUUCCAAUUCGAACAAUAUAUUUUGAGACUCCUUCUACAUUUCCAGAAAUCAACUCGUUUACCUAUGACACAGCUGCCACCUAUGGUUUGCCAAUGGACAAUAUUCGCUUAGAUCUUAAGUCUGGUUUGGAGGAUUUGUUAAAAAACAAGCCGAUUCGAGCUAUUUUUCUUGGAGUCCGUAUCGGUGAUCCUACUGCGAUAGGUCAAGAACAAUUCUCGCCUAGUUCACCUGGGUGGCCGCCUUUUAUGAGGGUGAAUCCCAUUUUAGAUUGGUCAUACAGAGAUGUGUGGGCCUUCCUUCUAACUUGCAAUGUGCAAUAUUGCUGUCUUUAUGAUCAAGGUUAUACUUCAAUUGGUAGCAUAUAUGACACAGUUCCCAAUGCAUUAUUAAGCAUUGGCAAUUCUUCCAAUGAAUUCAAACACGCAUAUAUGCUGUCUGAUGGAAGACUAGAGAGGGCAGGGAGGGCUAAAAACUCAUCUACUUGGAGACGACUUCCUGCUAAUGGCAAUGGCUUGAAUAGCUUGGACUUGCAUAAAACUAGCUUACUCACAGCAUCAAUAAUUGUUGUGGGAGAUGAGAUUCUGUAUGGUAUUGCUGAGGAUCAGUUGGGACCUUCUUUGUGUAGGAAGUUGCAUUCUGUUGGUUGGUCUGUGCCAGGAGUUGCAGUUGUUCACAAUAAUAUAGAUUCUGUUGCUGAAGAAGUUGAACGGCAGAAGUCUACUUGUGAUAUGGUUAUUAUAUGCGGAGGUGUAGGUCCACUGCAUUCGGAUGUUACUUUAGCAGGUUUAGCGAAGGCUUUUGGUGUUCGUAUGGCUCCUGAUGAAAGUUUUGGAGACUGUUUUAGGCAUAUUAUUGGUGAUCAAUGCACUGGUGACUGGAAUAUGAUGGUUCAAUUGCCUGAAGGCAUCACCAAAUUGUUGCAUCAUGACAAGUUAUCCAUGCCCUUGAUAAAAUGUCAAAAUGUAGUAGUUCUUUGUGCAACGAAUGCUUUGGAGCUGGAAGAGGAGUGGGACUGUUUGAUUGAGUUGACAAAGUCUUCUGACCUGUUUGCAUUGCCCGAAGCCUACAUGUCAAAGAACGUGACAACAAACCUUUCAGAUGUGGACAUUGCUCAACCUCUGACAAAGCUUUGUCUUGAAUAUCCUGAUCUCUACAUUGGUUGUCAUCGCAAAUCCAGAUAUGGAUCUCUGGUAGUAAGUUUCACAGGAAAGGACCAGUCACGCAUUGAGUCUGCCGUAGAAGCAUUAUACAAGAAGUUUGGGUCAGAUGCUUUGAUGGAUAUGAACUAAGAUCAUGAAGAUUUUAGCAUUCUUGUAAGAACAAUGGAAUGAAAGUCAAAGCUGCUGCCUCGGUAGAACAGACAAGAAGCACAAACUGAUGGCGUAAAACUGACUUGGGAUUUAGACAACCUAAUCCUUCUUGUUGAAUUAUCAGAUUAGCUUAAAUCAAAGCACCUAUGCAGAGAUAGGCUUUCAUUUUUCAUUGGAAACCCCCCGUUUGAACCACCUAGUUAGUAAAGCCAACUACAUCCUCCAUGAUGGCUGCUCCUGUCCAGAUUAGGAGUAUAACAAAAAUGUAUCUCCUGGUCUUGCUUACUGCAUAUUAUAUAUGUUUGAACCUUAGUUCUGUCAAAAUUUUAAGGUAAUAUCACCCAAAAAAAAUUGAAAAAAAUGAA